CCACUCCGCUGUCCAGCAAGUAUCUAACCCACCCGCCCACUUCAACCCGUCCCUCUGAGAUUGACCUGCUUGCUGACUGCUGUAUGAGGGACAAGAAAGCACAUAACACUGGCUGUCCAAAUCUAAUACUGUGGAUGGGCUAAUCCCUCGCGAGGCUUCGUCACCACUCCGGCCGGUGCGGCCCAUGGACCUGCGUACCCACGGGCUGGUGCGACCCGGGCUGGAAUCAGCCAUGCUGGCCCCCCACCUCCCCCCAUUCCUGGGGGCCUUCUCAGCCCGGCACUGUGCCAAGUACUCCCAGCAGCACCUGCCACAGCACAUCCAGUACGAGUAUGACAGGGAGCAGAGUCGGCAGGAGAAAGAGCAGGAGAAGAGGCAGGAGCUGCAGCAGCUGAUGCACAAGGAUAAGAGCGAGCAGAGUGCUGUGGCCAGUCCCCUGGUGAAACAGAAACUCAGAAGCCAAAUCCUGAAGAGGAAGGAGCAGGCCUCCCUGGAGAGGACCGCCUCCAACCUCUUCAGCAGCACCACGCCCAGGGGUUACAGGGAAUUGGCCCCAGAUCCUGACAUGACCCCAAAGCCUCACAUGGUGACCCCUGAUGUCCAUCUUCCACUAUGUGACCAACGCAAGGACAUGCCCCUCAGAAGAACAGCCUCGGAGCCCAUCCUGAAGGUGAAGAGUAAACUGAAGAAGCACAUCAACUCCAGACAGAACCCUCUCCAACGCAAAACCAGCGCUCCCCCUACUGUCAAGCACAGAACGCCGGACACUCUGGACUAUUCCCCCAGCAGCAGUAGCACUCCAGUGUCGGGGUGCAGCUCGCCCAAUGACAGCCUCCUCUCGGAUAGCCCACUUACUACCGGACUGGCCCACGAGCUGAGCCCCUCUCAACCCCCCUCCUCCCUCCGCCCCUCUCUCCUUCAACCCCACUGUACUCCCAAGUACAGUGCUCAGAGGUUGCUGCUCCAGGAUGGCACACUGGCCCACUUCUCCUUGCCCUGCUCCACCGCCCUGCCCACCAACAACGCCAGGCUGCCCGCCCAGGGUGACAGGGAGUCGGGUGGCCAUCAGAGGGUGGCCAGGGUACUGCCCCAGGUCUACCUGCCCAUGGAGGGCCUCAGUGCUGCCCAGCUGGCCCACCAACACCUCCAGCCCCUGCUCAUCCUGGAGCCCUCAGUGCUGCUGCACACACAGCUAGUCACUGUGCGAGGCCUGAGCCCGGGCCAUCUCCAGUACCCCUCCUCCAGACUGGAAGGCCUGGCUCCCCCGGGCCUCCACAGACCCCUGGGUCGGACCCGCUCUGAGCCCCCGCUGCACUCUCACCACCACCAGCACCAGUUAAUUCAGCAGUACCACAACGCACUGCUUCUGGAGAGACUCAAACAGAACACACACCUGGGCAAGCUCAUGACCAAGUCCAGUGAGAAGCCUCGUGUCACACAGAUCCCCUCGAAGGACAUGGACCCGGCGGAGACCGGGCCUGGGGACGGCUACCAGAGGAGGAGACAGAGUGGGACCAGUAGCACUGAGUCAAUGUGGGACACAGAGUCCACCUCCUCAGGCGAUUACCUAGGAGAUCACACCAUGGAACACACACCUCUGAUGAAUCAGUCGUUUCGUUGGGAGCAGCCCAGGCACCACCAGGUCCUGACAGACAGGCGUAGACAAGCGACCCACCUGGACCCCCUGGGUGUGCCCAUGGUUCUGGGCCCUGCACACCGCCCCCUCGGUCGCGCCCAGUCCUCUCCCGCCUCCACCUCUCUCCCCCCUCCUCCACAGCCCACGGACACCCCACAGUCUCUGGCCGGCCCUGGUCCGGAGACCACCGCCAAGCUACGCUUCACCACUGGUCUGGUGUAUGACUCUCAGAUGCUGAAGCACCAGUGCACCUGUGGCGACAAUAGCCGACACCCCGAGCAUGCUGGAAGAAUCCAAAGCAUCUGGUCCAGACUUCAGGAGAGAGGCCUCAGGAACCAGUGUGAGUGUAUCCGGAGCAGAAAGGCAACUCUGGAGGAGCUUCAGUCUGUCCACUCUGAGAAACACGUCCUGCUGUACGGCACCAACCCACUCAACCGCCUCAAACUGGACAACCGCAAGCUGGCUGGAAUCUUAUCUCAAAGGAUGUUUGUGAUGCUACCUUGUGGAGGAGUUGGAGUGGACAACGAUACGAUCUGGAAUGAGACACACACGUCGGCGGCGUCUCGCUUGGCGGCAGGCAGCGUGACGGAGCUGGCGCUCAGGGUAGCACAGGGAGAGCUGAAGAAUGGCUUUGCAGUGGUGAGGCCCCCUGGACACCAUGCAGGUCGCUCUACCCCCUUGGGUUUCUGCUUCUUCAACUCCGUGGCCAUCGCAGCCAAGCAGCUCCAGCACAAACUCAGCAUCAACAAGAUCCUCAUUGUGGACUGGGAUGUUCACCAUGGCAACGGUACCCAGUCAGUGUUCUACAACGACUCCAGCGUGCUGUACAUCUCCCUGCAUCGCUAUGACAAUGGCAACUUCUUCCCCGGGAGCGGGAACCCAGCCGAGGUUGGAGCAGGAGCAGGUGAGGGCUUCAAUGUCAAUGUGGCGUGGACGGGAGGCUUGGACCCUCCCAUGGGCGACGCUGAAUACCUGGCAGCAUUUCGGACUGUGGUGAUGCCGAUUGCCCAUGAGUUCUCUCCUGACAUGGUGCUGGUCUCAUCUGGUUUCGAUGCCGUCAAGGGACAUCCGGCGCAGCUGGGGGGCUACAAAGUGUCGGCCAAGUGUUUUGGCUUCCUGACACGUCAGCUGAUGGGGCUGGCGGGGGGCCGGGUUGUCAUGGCACUGGAGGGGGGUCACGACCUCACGGCCAUCUGCGAUGCGUCGGAGGCCUGCGUCCGCAUCCUGCUGGGCACUCAGGUGGAGCCCCUGUCUCAAGCAAUUCUGGAGAGGAGACCCUGUCGCAACGCUGUCCUCUCUCUACAGAGAGUCAUACAGGCCCAGGGUGAGUACUGGCGGUCGUUGAGGGCAGUGGCCCACACAGUGGAUCAGUCCUACCUGCAAGCCCAGGGACAGAGUCUGAGACGGAACUCAGAGGACCACAACAACACAGUGUCCGCCAUGGCCUCUCUCUCCAUGGCUAGCCUCACCACCGACAGGACACACAGAGAUGAACUCAUGGAGGGGGACUGUGACUCCAUGUAG